AUGACUACCACCGUCACCUCCACCUGCGCAUGCCGCAACUUCUCCCUCACAGUCGAAUUCCCCAAUUCGAUCCUUCCUAUGGACCGGGCCUUAUGCCUCUGCCACAACUGUCGUCGCGUCUCAGGCUCUUGUGGCUGGUCCAGCCUCACCGUCCCUCCAAGCCAAGUUGUCGACCCCUCGAAUUUCAAAACCACCGCUUACGAAUCAUCAAAGGGCGUGGCUCGGCACCACUGCUCUACAUGCGGGGCACAUACCUUCACAAUGGUCGAGAGAGGUCAGGUCAAGGCUUGUGUUAUUAACACUGGACUGUGGGACCGCACAGAGGGCUUGAUAAAUUGGACGGGAUGCAAGUGGAUUGAGGAUACCCUUGAUGGUGGAAUCAGUGUCUGGUUCAAGGAUAUGAAGCGGGCUGACGGGACGAAAGAGGGCUUGAGACGCUGGCUACGUUAUGAUGCUGAGGGUGGUGAGCUGGUGCCUGAAGGGUCGUUCCUGACCCUAUCGAAGGAGGCGAAGCCACUCAAGGACGACAAAUUGAAGGCACAAUGUCUCUGUGGAGGUGUUAAAUUUUACAUCACUCGACCGGACGAAGGUUCGAAGAAAGCUCAAUCGCCGUUCCCUGACCUGAUGGUUCCAUACCACUCGCACGGUUCUGCGAAUCCAAAGAACGAGACGUGGUGGCUGCGGGAUAACAAUACGAAGUAUCUAGCUGGAACUUGUGCGUGUCCUUCAUGCCGCCUAUCCUCUGGUUGUGAAAUCCAGCCCUGGGCAUUCAUACCCAAAUGCAAUAUUUUGCAGGAAGACGGAUCGCCGGUUGAUUUCUCAAAGGGAACUUUGAAGCCUUAUGCCAGCUCGGAAGGGGUGACCAGGGAGUUUUGCGGUAGAUGUGGCGCUACGGUGUUUUGGCAUUGUGAAGAAAGGCCAAACUUAAUUGAUGUAAGUAUAGGGUUAUUUGAUCCUGAACAGGGAGCGAGAGUUGAGGGUUGGCUGGAUUGGUGGACGGACAGAGUAAGUUUUGAGGAGCUUGCUCAUAGUAAAGAGCUUGUUGCGAGCUUGGCGGAUGGGCUAAAGAGAUGGAAGGCAGAGAAGAACAUUUAG